AGCCAGCUCGCACACGACUUGUGCACGUGUUGCCAUGGCGGAGGCCAGCGCUCCCAGAUUUGAGCGCUUGCAAGGCAUCAAUAAUGACGGGGUUUGUCGGGCUAUCUCCUUGAUGUACAUAGAAUAUGUUCUCGGUUGCAAUCCUCACCAUGGCGACCGGGAUGAGCUUGGCAGAGCCCCUGACCCCAUGCCCGAGCAUGGUUGGAUUCCGGAUGCAGUUUUCCGCCCGUCCGAACGGUUAGCCCAGGAGCUGUAUGAUGAGUCUGAUUUUGCGAAAGUGCUUUCCGAACGGCGUGAGCCAGCACCCUUUCUGUUGGACACCAUGCCCAGCCUGGUGUUGUUUGAGAAGGUCAGUGACCUCGUCAAUGAUUAUGAUGACGCGAUGCAGAAAGUCCUGCCAUUCUUGGAGCAAGGCUUAGGAUUUGUAUUCUCCUUCUAUUAUUUCAGGCUUGAUGAGGAUGAUGAGCCGAGAGGGGCCCAUGCCAUUGCUAUCGACGUUACAGGGCACCCGGCAGGUUUUCACGUGAUGGAUCCAAACAAAGGGGUAUGGCAAUUUAGAUCCAUUGAAGAUCUCGUUGUUUGGAUGACAGAUGGUGAGCUGGUGAGCGAUAGGCAUGGACGACGCGUGAAGCAGUUGUACAAGGUUCGGUUGGUUCAAGUGACACGGCGCGAGUGAGAUCCAGUUCGGCCAAACAUCGCGGGAGCUGGGCCGUGACUGUUUUUGACGAGCAUAGACGCGCACGAUAGUGAUCACUUGGCAUGUAGCGGACUGCCGCUAGACGGCUCCCUAGUUCAUGGCCAAGGACUUGCGUACCAAGAUGGUAGACAAGUCACAGGAGUGACUUAUCCAGUCGCGAUUUCACACAAUGCAUCGAGGAGCUGGUUUUCAAAGAUGCAAGGGACAUGUGCAAGAGACCCAUGGAGCAUGAUUCAGACGGGCUGUUGCAGUCCAUGGUCUUAAGUUGCUAUCAUCUAGUACCCCAGCCAGAG